UGGUCGCUCCCGCGGGGGGGGUUUCCGGUUCCGGUGUCCGGGGUUCGGAGCGAUGGCGUCGCUGCUUUGCUGUGGUCCCAAGUUGGCGGCGUGUGGUAUCGUCCUGAGCAUCUGGGGGGUCAUCAUGCUGGUUCUCCUCGGGAUCUUCUUCAAUGUCCACUCGGCUGUGCUGAUCGAGGAUGUGCCUUUUACUGAGGCUGAUUUUGAAGACAGUAAGACCGGCCCACAGAGGAUUUAUAAGUUGUACGAGCAGGUCAGCUAUAACUGCUUCAUCGCGGCCGGGAUGUACUUCGUGCUCGGAGGAUUCUCCUUCUGUCAGGUCCGGCUCAACAAGAGGAGAGAAUACAUGGUGCGCUGAGCAGAGAGUCUGUGACCAUCGCUAUAACCCCACCAUCGCUUUAAUUAUUACCGCCCUCCCCCCUCUCUCUCUCUUUCCCCCCCUCGCUCUUUCCCCCUCUCC